AAUGGUGAAGAUGAUCGAUUUUUUAAUUGGACGUUAUAAUUGCUUUCCUUCAAAAUUGACCAACUAUUCUUUUAAAGAGGAAACUAAUUUGCUCAUAUCAAAACGGAGAGAUAUUUUGUUCUUUCAAGAGAUAAACAUCCGGUGGAUGGAACAUGAAAUUGGUCUCAAUAUCAAAAUAGGUUAGAUCCCAGCAGCUCAGCUCGGCUAAGCAAGCAAAGGCCCUAACUCCCCUCCCGUACUCUCCCGUUUCUCUCCAAAACCAAAACUUAUCAUUCAAAUAAAUGGGCUGGCUUGGCUUGGCUUGGCUUGAGUGAAUGAAUUAUGCCCGACGCACCACCACCAACCCACCAGUCUUACUCCACCUCUAGCUAUUUUUUGCCAUCUUCGCUUCCCGCCCUCUGCUUGCCCACUACUGUUCCGUUAACCGUGAGAUUGACAAGAUCUCCUGCCCUUAUCGCUGGCAAGUCAUGUCCAAAUCUCGCGUUUAUUCUGACGUCAAUGUCCUUCGUCCCAAGGAGUAUUGGGAUUACGAGUCCCUCACUGUUCAAUGGGGGAUCAAGAUGAUUAUGAGGUUAUUCGGAAAGUUGGAAGGUGUAAAUACAGUGAGGUUUUCGAGGGUAAAAAUGUCAACAACAAUGAACGCUGUGUAAUCAAGAUCCUCAAACCUGUCAAGAAAAAAAAGAUUAAGAGAGAGAUAAAAAUCCUUCAGAAUCUAUGCGGUGGUCCAAAUAUUAUUAAACUUCUUGAUAUUGUUAGAGAUCAGCACUCCAAGGCGCCUAGCUUGGUAUUUGAGUACGUCAACAAUACAGAUUUCAAAGUUCUCUACCCAACUUUGACAGAUUAUGAUAUUCGCUACUACAUAUACGAACUUCUCAAGGCAUUAGAUUACUGUCAUUCACAAGGAAUAAUGCUCAGAGAUGUGAAGCCUCACAAUAUCAUGAUAGAUCAUGAGCUGCGCAAACUUCGCUUGAUAGAUUGGGGACUUGCCGAGUUUUACCAUCCUGGAAAAGAGUAUAAUGUCCGUGUGGCUUCCAGGUACUUUAAAGGGCCCGAACUUCUGAUAGAUUUACAGGACUAUGAUUAUUCUUUGGACAUGUGGAGCCUUGGCUGCAUGUUUGCUGGAAUGAUAUUCCGGAAGGAACCAUUCUUCUAUGGCCAUGACAACAAUGAUCAACUAGUUAAAAUUGCAAAGGUGGUAGGAACUGAUGAGUUGAAUGCAUAUCUGAACAAAUACCAGUUGGAGCUUGAUCCUCAAUUUAAUGCUCUUGUUGGAAGGCACAGCCGAAAACCCUGGUCCAAAUUCAUUAAUGCCGAUAAUCCGCAUCUUGUUUCACCAGAGGCAAUUGAUUUCUGGAUAAGUUGCUUCGAUAUGAUCAUCAGGAGAGGCUAACUGCAAAAGAAGCUAUGAUAGACCAGUACCUUUUUCUGCUCCUUUGGUUUAAUUAAAAGUGUUAGUAUGAAAUGAUCCUCGAUUCUUUUUUGUUCUCUGCAGGUCCAUCCUUACUUCUCAAGUGAGGGCUGCUGAAAGUUGCAGGAUGCGAAGUCAGUAACCCAUUCACAUUGGGUUGGUGUGCAGAGCCCACAUUCGGCUGGGAAGAUUUAUUGUGCUUACUGCUGCUGCCAUCCUUAAUUUUAGGCAGUUGGAGGUUUGUUUUGUUAACAUAGCAGUUUUCUUUUUCUUUGUAUCAAAUAAAGUCUCUUUUUUCUUAUGUUUAUAUUUUAUAUUCAACACAUCCACAUCAAGCUUAUCUUUAAGCCUUGAUUUUCCAACAAUGCAAUUGUGUCGAUUAUUCCAAGAUUUCUAGUAUUUCACAAGUCA